UCCUAUAAUACAGUAGAAAAUAGAGGGAAGUGUGAGCCAGGGGGCAACUUGGUUCAUUCAUCUGCAAAGAAUUCAAGAUGAUGCCCAUAGACGGAAGUGUUGAUGAUGCCGGUACAUUCCUUGGAGUUGAGGAGGACUAUUUCCCUCCCGAUUUCAAGGAAUACAUACGAAAGGAACGACUCAACUGGUCGCGAUUUGAAGGAGAUCCAUAUUAUAGAUGUGUUUUCUGGAGCCAACUCGGCAAGUCUUCUCUCUCUCUUGCUUUCUUUUUUUAGGGGCUCAACCGCUCAACCUCAAUUUUCAUUUACAGAUAAUUUGGCGGACUCAAUCAGACAUGCUCUCCAAAAAGUGAUAAUAAAGGAGGAACUUCGGGAUUCCCUAGUUCAAUUUUGGGCAGCCACAAAAACGUCCGAGUGGCGGACUUUGCUUACAACUCAAUUCCAACCUUUUGCUCUUGGUAAAACAUAUACCACGGUUGCGAGAAAUUGGCUUUGUGAGUACAGGAUGGGGAUGCGUAGGGAGUAUAAUAACUCCUUCUACGCAGAUGCAGAGUGUGCACAAGAACAACUUGGGCUUCAUGGCCGUGUCUUCCUCAAUCAACACCCCGAAUCCACUCCGCAUGUGAGGCAUUACACUCUCAAAGAGUAUCCACAGCGCGACCUUGCUUUACAUUGCCAGAUUGGAUCAUCUUGGGCUGUGCCAGGGUUCGACCAUUUCAGCGACACCUGUGUUGGUGUACUUGAGAUUGUGUCUCUGUACUUCAAGGUUCGAAAUUGGCAUGACAAAUCUUUCCUCGGCGAAAUGUAUGACAUUUUUCAGGAGUUUGGUCUGCAAUGUUUUGAUGGAUAUAACCACUACGAAAUGAAAAUCGGGGAUGAAAAUAAAGCACGCACAACUGCCUUCCAGGAACUCAACACGGUGUUGAAAACGGUGUGCGAAAUUCAUAAUCUACCCUUCGCUAUGACAUGGGUCCCUUGCAGUGUUUGCAACGGUUUACUGCAAGGGCCACUCCUGUCCGAGGCUGUGGAAUAUUGUGGGCACAAUGAGGACGAGUUUGAUGAGUUCGUAAAAGUCAUUAAAUACAGUCACUUAGGAAAGGGAGGGGUUGCCGGGAUGUUACUUUCAUCUCCUAACAUGUUGUACUGCUCGGACAUAACCCAACUCAGCUUAACUGAGUACCCCUUGGUACCCUAUGUACAACUGAUGGAAUUCCGUGGUUGGUUCACAUUAUGCUUGCAGAGCAGUUACACUGCAAAUGACAUUUAUGCAGUAGAGUUUUUUUUGCCCACGAGAAACAGAUGCGGUGACAACUCAUGGACCUUAUUGAGCUUGAUAUUGGGAACAAUGGAGGACAAUUUCAAAACUUUUAAGCUUGCUUCUGGCCAAGAACUGGGGGAAUUAUUAUCAGUUAAAGUUAUGGAUUUUCAGAAGGGUCAAAAACUUCAUUCUGUUCAAAAUAUCCAAGCUAAGGGUGCAGGAGAACGCAAAAGAAAGACGGAAAGGAAACAUAGAAGAACUGGAGUUAGAAUUGAAGUUUCGUGGGAGGAUAUCCUUGAAUGUGCAAAAAAUAAAAUGAGUCGUAAAGGGGCUGCGGAGAAACUCCAAGUUAGCAUAUCGACAUUGAAGCGUGUAUGUAGGGGUUAUGGUCUUGAUCGGUGGCCACCUCGCAAUCAAAACAUAAAAAAGUUCCCUUCCUUUCGGUCCUCGCCUGUUGAGAACAAGGGACAAACCCGACAACAUCUAAAUUCUGAUUUGCCUUCAAAGCAAGCCUCGGAUAGUGUUGCUCACACAAAGCCAGCAUUCCAAGGUGCAAAUAUAGUGACAAUUAGGGCGAAAUAUGAAAAUAAUAUGAUAAAGUUCCGGCUGUCUUUGCCGUCUAGAUUAGUAGCGCUUCAGCAAGAAGUGGCUAAAAGACUGAACCUGGAAGCUGGAACUUACUACAUCAGGUAUGAAGAUGAGGAAAAUGAGUUGAUUUUAAUAGCUUGCGACCAGGACUUACUAGAUUGUAUAGACACUUUCAAAUCAUUGGGCAACACUUCGGUUGUUGUGCAGCUUGAGCCCAAAUAGCCCAGUAUCUAUCGACCUUCCUGUAGUUUUUGACAUCGUUUGUUUUAAUUCCUGUGAUUUUCAAGUGCUUUUUUUAAUGGUAAUAAUACUGCUGCCCCAGUGAAAAGAUCA